UUUCUCAGACGAAAAAGAUCUGAGCGAAGCAGAGACAGAAGUUUCCGUUAUCCGUUUCUCUUUCACUCACCACAGGCUUUCUUUCUCCCUCCGUAUCUAUCUCUUUCUCUCUCUAAAUUCUUGAGAUACUCUUCUCACAAUUUUAGGGUUUUUGAUCCCUUUCCAAUCAAUUACUGGUUUGACUCAUCAACAAUGGGUUCCGAUUCAAUCCUCAGCGGUUCGAUCGCUAUUGUUUCCUCUAACCCCAAAGAUUUUGCCAAGAAAAAAAGGGCAAAUCGGUCGGCUAAGUUGAAGCAGUGCAAGCUUGAUGCUCGACGCGAGCAGUGGCUUUCACAAGUGAAGAACAAAGGCUUGAAGGAGGAACCAAAUGCUGGAGGUACACAUAGUCCAGCAAAGAAUGUUGAGAGCGAGAGGAGACGAUUGAUUGAGAAGUUGCAGAUAAAGCCGAGAGGCGAAGAGGACAAUGAAGGAUCAUCAAACCACUACAGCGAUUCUGAUUCGCCUACAAGCCACACCAGUAGUGUUUUGGGAGGAAAUGAUUCUGGGACUAAUUUCACCGGGAGCAGCAGCAGUAGCAGUAGUUGUACCAGCAGUAGUAGUGGUGGAUGUUUUUCAGGGAGUAUGAGCGAGGAAGAUGACGAAUGCUUGGAUGAUUGGGAGGCUGUUGCUGAUGCUCUGGCUGCCACUGAUCACAAACAGGAGCAGCAUAAUCCCAGCUUGGAUUCACAUUGUGAAAGGGAUGAUAAUGUUGCGCAUAUGAGUUCUAGGCAAGAGACUUCUAACAGGAAGGUUUCAGAGUCUAGUGACAGAGGAUUGGCACCUAGACCUCCUCUCAGUUGCCAGGCAUGGAGGCCUGACGAUACCUUCCGUCCACCGAGUCUGCCAACCUUGUCGAAGCUGUAUAGUUUUCCUAUGAAUUCUGAGCGGCAUUGUAGGGGAGGCUCUGUAUGGGGAUGUAAAAGUUUAUCCUCCAUACCCACGUCAUGUCCUAUAUGCUGUGAAGAUUUGGAUUUUACAGACACAAGUUUUCUCCCUUGUUCAUGUGGGUUUAGGCUUUGUCUCUUUUGUCACAAGAGGAUUCUUGAGGAGGAUGGGCGUUGCCCCGGAUGCAGGAAGCAGUAUGUUCAGGAUCCAGUUGAGCGAGAGGCUACCAUAGAUGGAGGCAGUCUGACAGUUCGAUUGACUCGUUCUUGUAGCAUGAUAUCAAGGUCCUAGGAAGAUUCUGUUUUUCCGUGAAUGUCUAUGUUGGGUCCUUUUCUGUCUCUGCGUGAUAUGUGAGUGUUCUAGCUCUUAGCAGACUGAGACUCAAGAUUUUCCGUAGCUAUAGAUGUUGAUAUAGGUGAUUCUGAAAGCAUGGGAAAAUAGUUCUGGUUCUCUUAUGAUUUUUUGCAUUAUAGAUGUGGUGCUUGUGCUGAUGUAGAACACUCAUUAUGUGAAUAAAUAAGGUGGUAUAGAAGUUAAAUAAAUCAAGCUUUUACCUUUAUCA